AUGGGUGACCAAGCCUUAGGUCGUGGAGAUUUGAUGAAUACGGAGGAAAUGACGUAUAUCGACGGGGUGAAAGGUGAUAUGAGAAAAGUGGAAGACGAGUAUCCUCUACUCACUAAGGAGGAUUUGCUACGAUUAGAUGCUGAAGAACCAAUUUGGCGUCGAGUGCGAAUUGCACUCAUCGUGCUGUUUUGGGCAGUGUGGAUUUGCCUCAUCGUCGCAUCCAUCCUCUACAUCGUGUUCACACCAAAAUGUCCACCACGACCGGUGCAGUCGUUCUGGCAAUCGAAAGUUGGCUACUGGGUAAAUCCAUUCUCGUUUAAGGACUCGAAUGGAGACUUGGUUGGUGAUCUGAAAGGUUUGUUGAGUGCCGGAGACUACAUCCAGAAGAGUGUUGGUGCUGGCUUUGUCAUUCUGACUGCCAUGUCACCACUGUACCCGAAGAAACUGGCUGCGGUGGCCAACGUGUCCUUCGAGGACAUUCACCCGAGUCUGGGCACCAUGGAUGAUUUGGGUGCAUUGUUGCGUGGCUUCAAGAAGAGGGGCAUGCAGACUGUUAUCUCGCUCAAUUUCAAUUCGGUGCCGUUAAGUCACGAGCUUGCUCAUCCGGCCUACUUGAUUCCUGCCGGGUCUGUUGCCAAGUUUUGUCGUGCGGGCAACGACAGUGCGGAGUUGGUGGGUGGUAAGAGGUUCUACUCGACGUACGGAAUGGGCUCGGGUGUGGUGGAUUUGAAUCUGAAGUCGCCUGAGGUGAUGGAGAAGGUGAAGGGUGCGGUGCGGUUCUGGUUGCACAGGGGCGUGGAUGGCAUUCUGCUGUCUGACGCUGCGUUCUUUGUGGAAGAGGGUAGCUGUGGCACGAGUGCGUGGAUGGACGAAUUCCCCACCUGCAAGCUCUACACGAACGGGACAGUGUCGGUGGUGCAGGAGCUGAGAAAGGUUGUGGAUGAGGUGUCGAGUGAAACAUCGCGCCAGAGGGUGCUUAUUGCUGAUCCUGGCAACACUGGGUACGGCGCAUCGAAGAGUGAGGAUGCAGAGAAGUUGCUUGGCACGGAGGAGGUUCCGGGAGCGCAUCUUGUGAUCAGUCAGCAAUUCGCCUUCAACCGUGGAUUCGUCAAAGGUGGGGAAGUGAGCGUGAAGAGUUAUUUGGAUUCAACGAAUGCGUCUGCGCGAAGCAAGAUGGCAUUGGUGGUUGCAUCACCGAGUGACAAGCCGUACACGAGUGUCUAUUCGACUGCAUCGACGUUCUUGUUGCAGGGUGAGUUGUGUGAUGAGUGGGCUUUGUUGCCGUUCGUGGAUGUGCGGGCGCAUAUUUUGGCGUGGAUAUUGUUGAAUGCCUUUGUGAUUGGUUUGUCUGCUGUGGUUGUAGGUACGCCUGUGAUCUACGCCGGAAGUGAGCUUGGGUGGAGUCCGCUAAGUACGUUGCCACCACCAAUGUUGUAUCCGUUUGGAGAGCGGCCCAUUGUGGAUGAUGUGAGCAGCCACUUGCCGAUGCCGUGGGAUUCGCACGGUGUGGGUUUCUCGGACUCGGAGAAAGUGGGUACAGCGUACGCGGCGUACUUUGCGGGAUUGGGAGUAGUGGAGACAGUUGAGUCAGCGUUGGCGGCCGGUCGUGGUGCGAGUAUGUUCAGUCUGACCACCUCUCUGGUGCAGCUUCACGAUGAGUACCCAAGUCUCCUGUGGGGUUCCUUGAACGCUACGGUGGAUGUGGCUAAGGCACAAGUUGACCUUCGUGUGUGGCCUGGGUUGCAGGUGGCGGGAGUGGAGGUGUUCAAGCGCAGUGCCGUCGGUUUCGACAGCAUCGUGGUGGCGAUGGUGGAGGCUGGAGGAGCGAGCUCAGUAGUGGACUUUUCUGCGGAGUGUUCGGCCCUUGUUCCGUUGGUUGUGCACCCACCGAAUGAUGCGUUUGCAACAGGGGUGGAGUUGUCGAGCUUGAAGGUCUACUUUAAGUCGGAAGUGGAGCGCAGUCUCUACGUCUUCAAGUGUAGUGUUUAG